ACAGUGCGCCAUGGUCGUCAUGGAGACGGCCGCUGGUGGAGCUCGAGGCGCUUUCCUGUUCCUACAGUAGGAAGGUACUCCGAUCUGGCACCGCUUGCUGCUCUCAACCUUCUCCGUAGACGGAUGAUCAGGUCGAAAAGGGCCGUCAGAAUCUCCGUAUACAUUCGAUAACAACAUAAACCGCGUAUACAGUAACCCUAGGAUUUCCAUCCAUUCGACGCAGCUCCAUGGUGACCCGAUACUGAUUUUUAAAGAGGAGGGCAUUCACUGGUUCAGCCGGAGAGGACUCUUGCUGCAAAAGCAGGGCUGAAAGAUGUGCAAUGGAAUGGUAGCGUGUGAGACAAGAGCCUCGCUCGCUCACAGUGUGGCCGCCACAUCCCUGCUGCUCCUCCUCCUCGGCAUGCUCCCCACAGGCCAAGCUUCAGGUUGUCCCAGACCCUCAGUUGUGCCUCAUGGCCGUGGGAACCUGACGGAAACAAACCGCGGCUCCUUCCCCGUUGGCACGCAGCUACAGUACAGCUGUGAUCCAGGAUACACGCUGGAUGGCUACAGCAUCAUCACAUGUACCGUCUCCGGCCACUGGUCCUCUGACCCACCUCGCUGCAUCAAAAAUGAUGUUUGUCAACCACCGAGUGAGCCAGAGAACGGAGGAUAUAACUGCCACCCCUCGCCGUGCCACAGACUGGCCCAGGGUACCGUGAUCGAGUUCUUCUGUGAUGAGGGUUACAUUCUGAAAGGAGGGUACCAUUUCCAGACCUGUGACAACGGAGAGUGGAAGUCGCCCAUGCAGAUCAGUUGUCACUCUGUGCAAGGGGAGGAGCAAUCCCCACUGCCCAUGUCAGCUCUGUCUAUCGUGGCCUCCACUGCCAGCACUGUGGCCUUCAUCCUGCUGUUGGUGGUGCUGUUUGUUUUGCUUCAGCCCAAACUCAAGUCCUUCCACCACAGCCGCAGCCGGGAGCAGGGUAUGUCAGGACAGCCUACCUCCAUCAUGGUGGAGGGCGUUCAGGUCUCACUGCCCUCCUACGAAGAGGCAGUGUAUGGCGCAGGCGGCAGUUCUGUGCCCCCUCCUGAGUCCCGGGUUCAGAUUGUGCUGUCGGAGGGCCCUCAGGCCGAGGGUUUGAACGAACCUCUCGAACAGGCUCAGGCGAGUUACAGUUUUCCCUCCACCUCCACUGCUGUGUCUUCAUGUCAUGCAGAGACUGUAUUGGUUCACCAAGUGCCCUCUUCCUCCUCUCCGUCCUCCUCAUCCUCUCCCUCCUGGGCUGCUGAGCAGCCUGGUGCCGCUGCACCUUUCCACCGCAGGCAGAGCAGCGAGAGCAACGAUCAGCACAGCUUGCUUUCAGUCACCUUUGCCGAAGAUUAUGGUGAUGAUAUUCCAUUGCUAAAGGAAGCCUGAGUCUGUGUGCAGUCACCCCUCUCUCUGUCAUCGCUGGCCAGGACCGUAACCCCUAAAGCUUCUCACCAAAUGCUUACCCCAAGCCACCCGACAGAACGCAGCAGUAAAUAAAAUCUUUCAGCUGUCCCUCUGCCAACAAAUCACCCGCCCCUGGGGUCUACAAGCUGCGUGGCCCCCAUGGAGUCUGGCAGCUUUUUCACAGGAAGAACCUUUGACUGGAUGACCCCUCAAAGGGAUGCGCAAAUGCUUACCUCGUCACGGCGAGGGUUCACGAUUUACAAAGGAAUGCAUUCAGAUUACGUUGUGGUCCUCUGCUCCGUCAAUGACUGUGACCUCUUGUGAAGGGGAGAGUUCAGCAAGGAUUUGCUAAGCCAGGCCCUUUUCUCUUUAAUGCUGCAUGUUCUGUGCAAUUUCUUUUUCUGUUUCGUUCUACACGCAUACACACAGGAGCACAGCACAAUCAAAGCAUGACGCAUAGCCUUGUCCCUUGUGCGAGACACAGGGUUGAACCGAUUUACAUUGUACUGAAUUCAAAUACAUGCUUGUCUUUUUAUUUGUCAAGAAGUACAUGUGCUGUGCUGUGCACUGUGUGUGUGUGUGUGUGUGUGUGUGUGUGUGUGUGUGUGAUGCCUGUGUGACAUGUGGCUGUUGUGAUUCAAAGAGGGCUGAAGUAUCAUCUAGGCUUCUUUUCCCCAAAAUAGGAAACAUUUUCAAUACCUCCAUUUUCUAAUUGAGAUGUUAUUUAAGUAGAAUGGAUGUUCCUUGUCUACAUGUCUGUUUGUCCAAAGUGAGGGAGAUAUACUUUGUGUUAGCAGCUGUGAGAUUACUGUUCUCAUUCAGAGAAAUGAUUCAUGAUGACUUCCUUUAAAAGCGAGUAUAUCUCUCUCAUGUUUGUGUUGCACGCACAAGUAAAAAAAAAAAUAUAUAU